UUGAUAUGCUUCCCUGCACGCAGAGACUGGUGUGUUUACAUUCACAGUGAUACAUGCGGCUUGUACAACAAUGACUACGGUUGCUUCCAAAGUUCCAUUUUCCGAACUUGCAGGACUACUCGAGAAAAUAAGCAAAAAGCAAGGAGCGGACAAAAAACUUCUGCUGCAAGAAUUCAUUAACCGCUGGCGUGAUUUCCAUGGAAAGUUGCAUGCAGACGAUGCUAAUACGACAGACAGUUUCUAUUCAGCAUUAAGACUUCUGCUACCCCAUUUGGAGCGAGAAAGAGCUGCAUAUGGCAUUAAGGAGAACACACUUGCCAAGCUGUAUAUAGAAGUGCUGUGCCUGGGAAAGGACAGCCCUGCUGCAGACAAGUUGAUUAAAUACAGAGCUCCCAAGAAUGCUAAAGGG